AUGUCACAGGGAGCGGCGUCGGUAACCUCCCCGUGGGGCCUGUGGGGGGAAGUCUGCGGUGUUGCCUCGUCGGCGUACGAUGUGGCCUGCGGCGCGCGUUCUAUUGAGGCGUUUCUCUCGUACGACGCGGACGCCCGGCCGUUGAAUGGGCGUGCCGUGCUGCUGAGCUCGCAUCUGCUGCUCAGCGAGGCGGUCGGGGGCAGAGUGGUGUUUUGGGUGGCGCUGGCGUCGGUGCGAGGGAUGCGGUGCCGGGGGCGGCUGUUGCUUCCGGGGAGGUCCUUCGACUGCGCAACGGGCGAGGCCGACGAGGCGCCCGCCCUCGACGGCGAGGACGACGAGGACGGCGGCGGCCCCGGCACCACCGUGGCGGUGGCGCGGAGGAUCGUCGCGCUGGACAUUUUCCUCGAAGGCGCCGCGGUGACGCUGCGGGCGAUGGGCGCGGAGGGGGAGCAGUUUGCCCGCGCCGCCCUGCUGCUGUGGCGGCGGUGCCACGCGGAGGCGGCGAGCCCGCUGCAUCACCCCGGCGACGCCGCCUACGCGCUGGCGGGGGCGCCCGUCCGCCUCUCCGCGACCGUCGUGCAGUGCAUGGCAGGGGAGGCGCACCGCCGGCUCGAGGCCGGGGAGGCGGUGGAGAUCGUCAUGCCGAGCGAGCGGGAUAUAUGGAUCGCCCGGCGGCCGCGCAUGUCCGCCACGUUUUGGCGCGACCUGCGCAGCGGUCCCGCGGAGGAGCUGCAGGUGCUGCCGGUGGACAGCCUCGCCGCGCUGGUGGCCCUGCCUGGCACCACUCUGCGGCUCGUGGGCUGCGGCGGCGACACGUGGCUGUUCGCCGUCGCCGACCCUGCGACGGACGCCGUCGUGCGGCACGCGCUGCAGCGGCUCAUCGAGUUGUUUCUGCUCGGGGUGAUGCGUAGGGGGCGGGGCGGCGGCGCCGUGGAGCCCCGCCACCGGCUCCGCUACUUUGACCUUGCCGCGCUCUACCAGCAGUACUGCGCGAUGGACGCGGAGGGCGUCGGCUACAUUCUUUGCUCCUCGCUGGAGGCGGCGAUGGGGCCGCUCCUCGCGUGCGACUCGCGCCUGGUGCAGGCGAUGCGCUGCCACGACGACGACGGCGGCAGCAGCGGCAAGGUGAGUCUGCCGACUUACUUAAACCACAUGCGGGUUCUGCUGCAGGGGAGCGUUGCGGAGCGGGCCAACGUUGCCUUCCGCGCCUUCGGCGGCGACACGUGCGGCGGGGCGGUGGCGGCGGGCCUGCAGGAGGCGCAUGGGGCGGCGCACGCAGAGGAGGAGGAGGGGACGCCAGCAGCACAGCAACAGCGAAGUGGCCGCGUGCGGCUGACGGACUUUAAGCUGAUCGUGCACGACAUUCUCGCCGGCCUCGCCCACGCCCCCGCGGACGCGGCGGAGCCUGUCGAGGACGCCGCAAACCGCCUCCUGACGGCCUCGCUGCACGCUGACGGCAACGACGACGACGACACGGCGGUGUCGUUCGAGGCCUUCCUGCCUGCCUACAAGCUCCUGAUGGGGCUGCUGCGGCCGGGGGAGGUGCGGGGGUACGAGACGCCGCCGGUGUUUGGCACGCCGCGCCCGCCGCUCGGCUUCGGCUCGGCGCACUGGGUGCUGCUCACGUACGUCAUGACGGGGGUGGAGGUUUCGGUCCGCGCCGCGGCGGCUGCUGCGGCAGACUGCGGCGAGAAAAACACGUUUGACCUCACCGCCGGGACGCCAACCAUCGCGGGGCUCGCCUCACUUCGGAGCGCCGAGGCCGCGGGCGGGGCGCCGAAUUUUUUUCAGAAGCGCCUCCCGUCUCUUCAGGGCGAGCGGGUGACGUUCACCGACUACAACCCGCUGCUCUUCGCCGCCGUGCGCCGGCGGUUUGGGAUUGCAGAGGCGGAGCUGCUGCGCUCCCUGGGCAUCAGCGCCCUGCGCGCCAGCCUGCUGCUGGGGUGCCUCUGCGCCCCGCGGGUCCUGCGCAGCAGCGGCCGCAGUGGGGCUCUGCUGCUCAGCAGCCACGACUACCGCUUUAUUCUGAAGCGGGUGACGCACACGGAGUGCCGCACGCUGCGCGGCCUGCUCCCCGCGUACGUUGAGCACUUGGACCGCCAUCCCCACACCCUGCUGCCGCGCUACUCCGGCCUCUACGCGCUGUGGCGGGGCGGCGAGAAGGCCACCGUCGUCGUCGCGGCCAACGUCUUUGCGCCCGCCCAGCUCCCCGUCACGGAGGUGUACGACCUGAAGGGCUCUACGGCGCACCGCACCACCGCCGCCGAGGACCGCAGGCACGGGGCCGCGGGUAAAGACAACGACUUUUUGGCGGACAAAAGGCGGCUGCGCCUCCCCGCGGCGGCACGGCGGGCGCUGCUGGCGCAGCUGGAGGCCGACACCGCGCUACUGGAGAAGGCAAACCGGCUCGACUACAGCCUCCUUGUCGGGAUACACAGCGGCGCGGGGGGCUGGGGCGCGACCGCGGAGGCCGCGGCGCUGGCACUGCGUCAGCGGCAACGGAUGGAGGCGCUGGCCGCGGCCCUCGACGCUCCGGCGAGCGACCCCAACGAGGACCAGCGGGGCGACAGCGUGUUCCACGCGUACUACGGCGGUGUGGCCUCCGCUGACGGAACGGAGGUGUACUUCCUAGGCAUCGUGGACUGCCUCACCACCUACGGCCUGAAGAAAGUUGGCGAGCACUACAGCAAGUCCGUGCUGCUGCAGGACAUGAAUAAAAUCAGCUGUGUUCCACCGCCGGUCUACCGAUCACGAUUUUUGAACUUCAUGCGCACAGUCAUGGAUAGUUGA